AUGUCAUUCAAAGAUUCAAAAUUGGAAGAUGGAAAUUCAUUAAACUCGUUUCAAAUACAAUCAUCGAAACAAAUUGGUGGAGAAUCAACAAUAUCAGACUAUGUCAAUGAAAAAUCAAGUACGAAGGAAAAUUCAUUCGUUUCAUUUUUCAAAUCAUUUCAAAUAGUGAAUAAAAAUAAUAUCUCCAAUGUUGAAGUUUUGACUCCAGAAGAUAAUUUGAAAGUAUACCAAGUCAAACUAAUAGCUCUUGCAUCAUGUAUUGGUUCUGGUUUGUUCAUUUCAAGUGGAUCAAUAAUAGCGACGGCUGGUGCGUUGGGUAGUUUUUUAAGUUAUUUCAUAGUAGGAGUUUUAAUAUUUUUUAUAAUUCAACAUUUGGGAGAAAUGACUUCACAAUUUCCAGUACGUGGUAAUUUUUUAAUAUAUAAUUCAAGAUUUAUAGAUGAAUCUUGGGCGUUUGCAAUGAAUUGGAAUUAUUGUUUGCAAUGGAUUGUGACAAUUCCAUUGUCUUUAGUUUCAGCAUCUUUAACAAUACAAUACUGGAAUGAUGAUAUUAAUGCAGCUGCUUGGGUUGCUAUAUUUUGGGUAGUCAUUGUAGCUAUCAACGUUUUUGGUGUGAAAGGUUAUGGAUAUGGUGAAAGUGUAUUUUCAGUUAUUAAAGCCAUUGCUAUAUUGGGAUUCAUAAUUUUGGCAAUAGUAUUAGUAGCUGGAGGAGGUGAACAAGGAUACAUUGGAGGUAAAAAUUGGCAUCCACCUUUUGCAAAUGGAUUUAAAGGUGUCUGUAAUUCUUUAGUCAAUGCAUCAUUCAGUUUUGCUGGGACUGAAUUGGCAGCUAUAGCAGCAGCUGAAACAUCGAAUCCAAGAAAAUCUUUGAUUAAAGCAACAAAACAAAUAUUUUGGAGAAUCCUUAUUUUUUAUAUGUUAGCUAUUAUAUUACUUUGCUUUUUGGUUCCAUUUAAUGAUCCUCAAUUGUUGGGUAAUUCAAAUUCAUCUGCUAGUCCGUUUGUUAUUGCUAUUAAAAAUGGAGGAAUUAAAGUAUUACCAUCAAUUUUUAAUGCUUUAAUAUUGAUUGCUGUUUUAUCGGUUGCUAAUGCUAGUGUUUUUGCUACCUAUAAACCUUUAGUGGCAUUAGCAGAAGCUGGACAUGGUCCUAAAUUUUUAGCAUACAUUGAUAAAAGAGGUAGACCAAUUUUUGCAAUUAUAUUUGCAUUAUUGUUUGGUCUCAUUGGUUUUAUAUGUGCUUCCAAAAAUCAAGAAACAGUAUUUGCAUGGUUAUUAGCGGUUAGUGGUUUAUCAUGUGUCUUCAUUUGGUUUUCAAUUUCUUUAGCUCAAGUCAGGGUCAAUUAUGCUGCCAAAGUGCAAGGAAUUGAUAUUUUCAAACCUUACAAAGCCAUUGGUGGGGAUUAUGGUGCAUAUCUUUCAAUGAUGAUUAAUGUAUUGAUCCUUGUUGCUCAAUUCUAUGUGGCGUUAUGGCCAGUGUCUGGUGAAAACUUUAAAGUUGAAACUUUUUUUGAAGCGUAUUUGGCUGCCCCAAUUGUUUUGGUUUCAUAUAUUGGCCAUAAAAUUUGGACUAGAAAUUGGAGACUUUAUAUUAAAGCUGAAGACAUUGAUUUAGUAACUGGUAGAAAUUUGCUUGAUGUUGAUGUUAUAAAACAAGAAAUCUAUGAAGAAAAAGAAGUUUGGCUGCAAAAAUCAUUUUGGUAUAAAGCCACACGUAUUUGGUGUUGA